UUAUAGCUUCAACAUCCGUUGCAGGUGGCCGUGCUCAAGCUCGUUAGCACCCGGAUUAACUCGGACAGUGUUACAGUGCAUUUUAUUGCACGCAGGCCGGCGAAAACAUAUCCGAUGGUUGCCUAGCACCACCCACGUUCUGCCCGACGAGUCUCGCUUCUUGUGCCAUUCUGCAAUUCGCGGGCUUCUGCGCACUCGGUCACAUCGAAGCAGCAAUGUUGGCUCACACCGCACUGUCGGCAGCUGUGGCAGUCGUCGUUUUGGCCCCGACUGAAGCGUUAACGAACCUCAAGACCGAUUGGGACGCCUAUGUCAGCGAGUUGCCCAUUCCGGAGGUCAUCGACCUGACCGCUGGAGGUGCCAUCGACAUGCAGAUCGGCCGUGCCACGCAUAACUGGACGGAGGACGGCUCCAUCUCCGGUGACAUCUACGGCUACGCGCUCAAGAACUCGACGCCCACCAUGCCCGGUCCGACCAUCAAGGUCGCUAAAGGCGUACCGAUCACCAUUACCUGGUACAACGAGCUGUCCCAACCGCACCUGUUUCAGAACUCAGUCGAGGACUCGCUCAACAACGUCGAGUCUGCAUGCUAUCCGUAUUGCGGUGUGCCUGUUGUGACGCAUGUUCACGGACUAGAGUCGCCACCUGAAUAUGACGGGUUGCCAUACCGGUCUAUCUACAAGAACCAGUCACAGGUUUUCCACUACUACAACAACCAGUCUGCGUCCACCAAGCUGUACCACGAUCACUCCAAUGGACUCACACGUCUCAACACGUGGGCUGGUCUCAUGGGUGCCUACAUCAUUACCGAUGACGAGCUGGAGGCGUCGAUCAACAUGGACAUUGAAACGGACAUUCCGUUGGUACUGACCGACCGUCUGAUCAAUACGACGGGUGAGCUUUUGUACUCGGACGACAACUGCAAUGCCGGCUCGACGAAGUGGGUGCCCGAGUCCUUCGGCUCGGUUAACCUUGUGAACGGCGUGAUCAUGCCGUACGUUGAGGUGCCGCCUGCUCAGGUUCGCUUCCGCUUGAUCAACGUUGCCAACGCUCGCCACUACAACAUCACUGUCCCGUUCCAGGACGAGUGCCAGAUCGUUGCGACCGACUCCGGUUUCGUUCAAAAGCCAGAGUUAUUCGAAGACUACCUCGUUCUAUUCCCGUUCGAGCGCAUCGAGUUCGUCUGUGACUUCACUAACGCCACCAACGGUACGACAUACGACCUCGAGGAUAACCAAACGGCUGACCAGCCUACAGACUAUGAUGAACGCAUCAUGCGGAUUCGUGUCGUUGAGAGCCUCAAGACGGAUACUAUGGAGUACCGCGCGCUCCCGUCGACUCUUGUCAAGUACAAGUCGCUGAAGGAACUGUACGAAGCCGGCGGAAAGGAACGCACGGUCAUCCUCGGAGAAAUGGACACCGCUCUGCAGUGCCCCCUGUACGACAUGAUCAUGUAUCGAUCGCAGCAGAUCAACAUGACGACUAUCACCGGCAGCCUUCACUGUACCAAGGGAACGGUGGAGAAGUGGAAUUUUCAGAACCCAACGGAUGACCCGCACCCGUUCCAUUGGCACUUGGUGAACGCGCAAUGUGGCGAAACAGAAGAAACCAUUGACACGAACCACCUGAAGGAUGUUGCCAAGAUACCGAAUGCCGGCGAUCGUGCCUCAGAUACUAUCACCCAGGUCUGCUACGUGGCCUGCACUCCCGACGAGUACCUCAUUGCCAACAGCACUCGCGGCGCCAAGGAUUACGGAUUUGACACAACGGAGCCUUACGUUGCUCAUUGCCACAUUCUCGAGCACGAAGAAAACGCGAUGAUGAGCUGGUUUAAGAUCAUGGACGUGGACGACGGCUAUGCCGAUGAUAAUGGCAUCACGCCGGGUACCGAAAUCACCAACACUGUCAUUGCCACGGCCAUGGGUAUGAGUGUGCUUGGUGGUAUUGCAACAACGCUGUCUGUGCUCGUUAUCUCGGUGGAGCGCUUGAAGUUCCUCGCUGAUCCACGCUCGCUUUCGAUCGCCUUCGCGUUGUCUGCCGGUGUCAUGAUCUUCAUUGCCUUUGCCGACCUGUACGCGGAGGCGCUGACCUACUACCGUGCUGCUUUCACUCCUGGUACUACGGACCCUGAAGCUUACGAACACGGUGGCAGCACAACCUCCGCUGGAGUAUGCGAUGACACAUGCAACGGCAAUACCUAUUUGGCCGCUACCGGCGUCUUCUUCGUUGGAAUGGCCAUCAUCCUGCUCGUAGAAUGGCUCGUGCAUUCUGUUUUCGAGCGCAAGGACAGAGCUGCUGCCAAGGCUGCGGCCAACGCAGAUUUAGAGGCGGAUGGCGAAAAGGCUAUGAUGGCGGACGACGGCGCUGAGAAGGCGGGUGUUGUGCAUAUUGCUUCCCCGGUGCCGGGCACUCCGGUUGACGCUGCUCGUCAAGAGCUUGCCAGUCCUGCAGGACAGGAGUCAGAGGCGCUUCUCGAAGAACUGAAGGUCAAGGAGGAGUACCGUCGUGCUGGUGUUCUCACGGGCAUUGCCAUUGCCAUUCACAACUUCCCGGAAGGACUGGCGCUGUUUGUGUCGUCGCUUGCCGGUCUUCGCACGGGUAUUGUGCUUUCGGUUGGUAUCAUUCUCCACAACUUCCCGGAAGGUGUGGCAGUCGCUGCUCCCGUCUACUAUGCGACUGGAAGCAAGGCUGAAGCGUUCAAGUGGACGAUCAUCAGUGGCUUUGCUCAGGUUCUUGGUGCUGGCAUCGGUUGGGCCGCUGUUUCAGGCGGCAUGAGCUAUUCGCUGGAAGCUACUCUGUAUGCUCUCGUCGCAGGUAUGCUGGUGUGUAUCACCGCAAAGGAGCUUUUGCCGGGUGCCUACAAGUUCGACCCGAGCGGAAAGCUGUUCGUGCCGUCGUUCUUCAUUGGUAUCGCCAUCAUUGCGUUGAGUCUGGUUGCUCUCAACUACGCCGGAUCGAGCUAAGAGUCCUUUAACUAGACGUAACAAAAGAUAAUGCAAAGUCUUCGUUUGAAUUUUUUGUAGGAAAAGGGGC